AUGCGUGGCACAAGAUGUCUGUGGUGCACCGCCGGUGCCGGACCAGCGCUUCCGAGGUGGAAACGGCAGGAAGUUGGGACUCCAGGCACUCAUGCAUGGCGGAUGUUUUUUGCCAGCAACUCCGCUCCGUCAACGGCAAAGUUGAAGGGAUUGACAGCGCCUGCGAGCAAGAUAUGCUCGGCUUGGCACGAUCUCAUCCUGCAUCCUGCCGCGGACACGUCCAUUGUUACAUUUGUCUGCGAGAUCCCGAAAGGGACGCGGGCGAAGAUUGAGUUAAACUUGACGGAACUUUACAACCCCCUUGCACACGAUGUUGCAAAAAAGAAGGAGGGCCAACCGCUGCGCUUCUACACGUAUGGAGACAUUCCUUUUAACUACGGUUUUGCUCCACAAACGUGGGAAAACCCGCUGGUGGUGGACGCUGUGACGAAGUGCACCGGCGAUGGUGAUCCCAUAGACGUUGUAGAAGUCUCCAAAUCACCUCUCUCUACAGGAUCUAUUAGGGCUGUGCGCGUGCUUGGUGUGUUGGGGCUUAUUGACGAGGGUGAGACGGACUGGAAGAUUAUCGCAGAGACGCUGCGGUCUGACGGAGGUGACAUGUACGGGAGCCUUCAAAAGCUUCCACAGGAGCUAAAGGACACUAUUUUUCGGUGGAUGCGUGACUACAAGACAACAGACGGAAAGAAGCUGAACGAAUUCGUCUUCAAUGGCGAAAUGCGUGGCGUAGAAGAAGCCUUGGAUAUCAUCAGGGUCUGCUCCAAUCAGUACGGCACUCUCCUCGACGGCACCGUCCAAAACCCGGGCUACUGGCUGCGUUAG